AGUAAUCAAGCUUAACAAUAUAACAUUAAUGAUGGCGAAGCUUAUCCUAUGUGCGUUGUCCUUGUUCUGUGUAUUGGCUUUGGCCUCUGCGCAAAGUGCCAUCGUGACAUCUACAUAUCAUUUAUACCAACCUGAACAGCAUAACUGGGAUUUGCUUGCAGUGAGUGCAUAUUGUGCCACUUGGGAUGCAAACCAACCUUUGUCAUGGCGUAGCAAAUAUGGUUGGACAGCUUUUUGUGGACCUAUUGGGCCUCAAGGCGAAGCCUCUUGUGGCAAGUGCUUAAGGGUGACAAACACUCGAACAGGAACUCAGAAAAUAGCAAGAAUAGUGGAUCAAUGCAAGAAUGGGGGUUUGGAUUUGGAUGUUAGUGUCUUCCAAAGACUCGAUUCCGACGGAAGUGGGAAUGCUCAAGGUCAUCUUAUCGUCCACUAUGACUUUGUCAACUGUGAUGACUAAACAUGUCUUUGACUUUGUGUUGAAAACGUAUAUUGUAAGGGCUAGCAGAUUGAUUACCUAAUUACCUAGUUAAAGGAAGAAUGUCGCGGCAAGUGCUUGAUGGUACGUAGGCUAUAUAUCUAACAAUUCAACCCUAGAGUAUAUAUGGAGCAACAGAGAUUCCAGUAACCAA